UUCAGCCUCAAACGGAACAGACCAUGAAUCUUUACUCAUUUUCGCAAUAGUAUUAUUCCGAUUUUGGCAUACUUGAGCAUUUCCCCUGGCCGCUCCACCGAUAUGUCGGGCUCUGUCGUGUCUGCAUCGGCCAAAGGAGCCACCUUUCUGAUUCUGCUUCAAGUUGGUUCCAGGGCGCUGACAUUCGCGGUCAAUCAGGUCCUACUGCGUUUUCUUUCUCCAGAGCUAUUGGGAAUAUCGGCCCAAUUAGAGUUAUUUUCCAUAUCUACCUUGUACUUUGCAAGAGAGAGUCUACGCGUUGCUUUACAACGUCAAGCCCAUAACGUUCAAGCGGUCGUCAACCUCUCUUACCUGGCCGUGUUCUUUGGUACGCCCCUGGCGUAUGGUCUUGCCAUACUAUGGCUCCAGUCAGAUACUCCAGACGUACCAUAUUUCAUGGAUGCAUUAUGCUUAUAUUGUCUGGCCACCUUCAUUGAGCUCUUCACUGAGCCAGCAUUCUCGGCAGUCCAGCAAAAGAUGCUUUACAAGAUUCGUGCAUCGGCCGAAAGCACUGCUACACUGCUUCGUUGCUUUGGAACAUGUGGAUCUGCGAUUUGGGCAAGCAAGGUCGGACUUGACAUUGGGGUUCUACCCUUCGCCAUCGGCCAGUUAGCCUACGCUUUGGGGUUGCUACUGGUAUACACAUAUAAAAUGUGGCCAGUUGCAAAGGCCGAGCGUUUCUCGCUCGGUCCAAAGCAAAUAGCCUCGACGAAUGAGAAUCCCAUGAUAUUCAACCAUCUAUCCGCGCCGUUGCUGCGAUUGACCGGAUCUCUCACCCUCCAAUCAGCCUUGAAAUACAUCCUCACGCAAGGAGAUUCCCUCCUCAUCACGACAUUUGCCUCUCUCGCCGACCAAGGAGCCUACGCCCUAGCCUCCAACUACGGCGGCCUCGUCGCGAGAAUGGUAUUCCAACCGAUAGAAGAAAGCAGUCGAAACCUGUUCGCCAAACUCUGCGCCGACGUACCUCCAACCACGCCUUCGACAGAAGACAAGCAAAAACUCACACAAGCCGCCAGGAUAUUAUCCAUGAUCCUCCGUCUCUACGCCAUCAUCUCGCUCUUCGCCAUCACCAUCGGCCCCCAAUUGGCCCCAUUGCUCCUGACACUGGUAGCAGGACGCAAAUGGUCCGCGACCUCAGCCUCAGAAGUCCUCUCGACAUACUGCUACUACAUCCCCUUCCUCGCCAUCAAUGGCGUCACGGAGGCCUUCGUAGCAGCCGUCGCCACCAACAAGCAACUCUACAUCCAAUCCGUCUUCAUGGGCGUAUUCUUCGCGCUCUUCGCGGGAAGCGCGUGGUUCUUCAUCGGCCAGCUAGGCUGGGGCGGAAGCGGCGUCGUCGCCGCCAACACUGUAAACAUGGGCCUGCGAAUCGUCUGGAACACAUGGUUCGUGAAGCGGUUUUUCGCGGAGAGGGGGAUACUGUUCAAUGUUACGGAGACGUCGCCCACGGUGCUUAGUCUGGUCACCGCGGCUGCCAUACCAACACUGAUAAAGACCCGGCCGGCGGAGAGGUACUUGGCUAGGUACGGUCUGCUAGGGGAGAUCGUUUCUGUCGGAGCUGUUGGGGGUGUCUUCGCUUUGACGGUGCUUGUCAUGUUUGAAGGGAGGUUUCUGAGGGACUGUUAUAGGAUGCUAAGGCCUGCCCAGACGCAGAAGAAAACACAGUAGAUCACAUCUUUCAUCGUAUCGAGACGGUUCGUCCUUUCACUUCACGAUACACAUAUAGAUAGCAUAGCACAGCACACUGAUAGUUGACCUCAGACCAGAAGGUCAAUCAAAUAUAUAUAUAUAUAGACAUACAUACAAA